GAUGUAAGAGUGUGGUUUAUGCAUGUGCUUCAUACAGCGGAAACAGCUUUUCCAUACAUCAUCAAUUAAACUUAUUUUGUUUUGAACGUUUCGUUAUAGUUCGGUUGUUUUGCACAAGGUUAGACGGACUAAAUUAACAAAAUGAAAGCGUUGUUCUAUGCAUGUGUUUCUUUGGCGUUUUUGACCUCAGUGAUUUUUGCUGGAGGAACCCAGAACAACAUGAAAUGUUAUGACUGUUCUGAGCACUAUCAACAAGACUGUAAAGAUCCUUUUGACAACAGAACGCAAAAUUUGGUGGCAAACUGUGCCCAGUGCUCCAAGGCAUCCGUUCAAGUGGACGGGAAAAUGUAUAUUGAGCGAAAAUGUCUGCAGUUAAAGUCAGACGACGGUUGCCAACGUAACGCUACGAACUGGGAGUGCGUGUGUUCCGAUAAAGACGGAUGUAACGGUCGGAACACUUUGGUUCCUGGCGGGGCUGCGGUUCCUGGCGGGGCUGCGGUUUCCGUGGAAGCUAGUGUGUCUGUGGUGGUGCUAUUGUCACUAAUGGUGAUUCAACAUUCAAUAAUGCAAUAACUACUUGUUAGCGGACAGUCAUGUAAUUAUACACAAAGUUAACCAAAUUGCUUCGCAGUAGUCUCCCUUGAUGAGUAGAAAAGGUCCGCAAAGAGAGAAAAACAAAUGUAGCAGUUGUUUAAAAAAAUAUAUAUUGUUCAAAAAUAAAACAUAUUUCAAUUGUUA